CAACUAUAUUAUAGAAUAAAACUGAGAGUGAUGUACACAAGUUCAAAAACAAUUUUUCACCACCAAUAAUUGUGUAAUGCGUGUUGUAUUCGUGAUUUAUUUCUUCAAAAAAUGUACACAGUGGGAAAAAUGUUUAAAAUAGUGUUUCCCAAAGUACAAUUUAUUUUCAAAUAGUAAACUUUUUUCUUUGAGUGUCGGUAGUUCGAAAAAUCAAAAUGUCAUCUGAAGAACCAUUCUGCGGAGCCACAUUACAUCUCGAAAACUAUUAUUUCAAGAACAUACAAGGUACUAUCGACAUACUAAUAUGCAUAAUCGGUGUGAUCUUCAACAUGUUCAACGUGCUGGUGUUCACAAGGAGAAAUAUGAUAUCACCUGUGAACCUAAUCUUCACGCAUUUGGCGUUUGCAAAUUUAUCAGAGCUGUUGGCGUUUAUAACCACCACAUGGGCGUACUUGGGAUAUCACAUUGAGCAAGGAACUUACGAAACAUUGACUUAUACUCGAGCAAUUAUUUCAAUGCUAAGUUCAGAAUUGACAAACAUCUUUUACCGAAUAUCAGUGUGGAUUAUAAUGAUGCUAGCAAUAUGGAAGUAUAUAGCUGUAUUUUAUCCAUCGAAGGAAUCUCAAUGGUGCGAUAUGAAAACUACACGCAACACGGUCAUAGCUGGUUAUAUCAUAUGCAUUUUGCUUUUUAUUCCGGAGUAUUUGUCGGAUUCUAUUGAAACACUGGCCGCACAUCAGACGAAAAAGUCUUACGUAUAUAUUAUUGAAAUUGAUUCCGCCAUGUACUCUGCGUCACAAUUCAUCAAAAUAGUGUUCCAUGAAUUAUUGCCAUCAAUUGCGCUAACAAUAUUAGGUGUUAGGUUGAUUGCCACACUAUGGAUGAAUAAAGAACACCCAAAUACUUCUUCAAACGUUGAAAACCGCACAGAAAAUGUCGAAAUGAAGCAACACACCAAUCGAUCGAUAAUCAUAUCAAUGAUUAUUGUGACCCACUGUUUAAGUAUCGUGAUUCCAACAGGAUUACUCGACCUAGUACAUAAAUUUUUUAUACGCGAUUAUCAUUCAGUACAUUACCACUGUGUUAAUAGCUUCCAAGUAAUACUCUAUCUUUUAGAUUACGUUACUAAACCUAUCGAGUUUAUAGUAUAUUACGCCAUGGAUCAAGAUUUUAGAGUCACAUUCAAGUCUUUGUUUAACAAAAAUAAUGCUUCUUUUUGGAAACUGAAGUAUGUUCCUUUGAGUAGUACGAGAGGGAAUGAUGGAAGCUUGGAAAUAGAUCGAAUUUAACACAGGUAGAUAAUUUUAGAAAUGCAACUUUUAUGGAGGAAUUAAAUUAUUGCAGAAAUUUGACAGUGAGGGUGAUAAUUCAGGGGAAAAUGAUUGCAUCCGCGCAUUCCUUGAUCUAAUAUGACCUGACUAGAUCAGAAAUACUUAAUCAUCUUCUUCUGGGAAGAUUUUUAAAAAGUCGAAAAUAUUUUUCAUUCAAGUACACAGGUUUUGGUGUCUGUCAAGAGAAAAAUAGGUACUCGUAGCUUCCUACAUAUAAAUAGGUAUUAUAUAGAUUAGGCGAGGUUUAUAUUUCAUGUAUGUACAUAUUAUGUAUUUGUCAAAAAUAUAUGUUCGUAUUUAUUAUUCAAAAAAUUCAAGAAUUAAAAAAAUGUGCAAAUAAA